GGUGCUAGAUGUCCAUCUUCUGAAGGCAGAAUGGUCAGGCCAGGCUGUCCAGUCAUUCUGCUCCACCUCUUCAGCAUCUUUUUACAGAUAGGAGCUCGUACUCAGGAUAUCCUGUAUCCAUAUGGACCCAGCAAUAGGGAUCUAGAAACCCCAAAGAUGGAUGAUGGGAGUUCAGCUGAAAUUACUUUGUCCAUUCAAUUCAUUUUCUUCAAUGUACCAUAUCGUACCAUCUAUAUCAACAACAACGGUGUGAUCUCCUUCAACGUGCAGGUUAGCCAGUUUACACCAGAGGCUUUCCCCCUGAGUGACAGCAGAUCCUUCAUUGCUCCACUUUGGGCAGAUGUGCACAACGGCAUCCGCGGAGAUGUGUUCUACCGAGAGUCCAUCGAACCGGAAAUACUGGAAAGGGCAACAAAAGACGUCCGGAAGUAUUUCAAAACCACGCCCACCUUCACAGCCACCUGGGUCUUUAUUACAACAUGGCACCAAGUCACCUUCUAUGGAGGAAGCCAGACGACCCCGGUGAACACAUUCCAAGCUGUUCUAGUCUCAGACAGCGUGGCGUUCUUCACUAUGUUCAACUACGGAGAAAUUACAUGGAGCACAGGAACAGCCAGUGGUGGAGAUCCUUUAACAGGACUGGGUGGGACGACAGCUCAGUCAGGUUUUAAUGGUGGAGACAUUGGUCACUUCUUCAACCUGCCAGGAUCUCGGUCAAACGAUGUAGUGAACAUUGAACAGACAACCAAUGUGAAUACCCCUGGGCGCUGGUUCUUCCGCGUAGACACUGAACUCGUAGAUCCUGCUAAUGGCUGUAGCUACAAUGGGCGUUUUUACAGACGAGGGGAAAUCUUCUGGCUGUCUGACCAGUGUUCCCAGCGAUGCCGCUGCCUUGACAUUGACAACGAGGUGCAGUGCCAAGAGGCUCCGUGCGGGCAGCUGGAGACCUGCGAGCAGCAGGAAGGGGCAUUUUACUGUCAGCCGACCCGCACCAGCACUUGUGUGGUAUUUGGCGACCCUCAUUACCACACCUUCGAUGGCUUCCUCUAUCACUUCCAGGGAACCUGUUCCUACCUGCUGGCUCGGCCCUGCUGGGAGGUGGCGGGGCUGCCUUUCUUCAGCGUGGAGGCCAAAAAUGAGAACCGUGGGGUCGCCUCUGUUUCUUGGCUUAGAGAUGUGACGGUGGAGGUGUACGGUCACAGAGUCACGUUACCCAAAGGCAGUUUUGGGGCAGUCCAGGUGGACGGCUUGCUGAAGACUUUACCGGUCCAACUCCAGCUUGGUGCCAUCAGGAUAUACCAGUCUGGUGUUGCCAUUGCUUUAGAAACAGACUUUGGACUCUUGGUAACCUAUGACGGCCAACACUAUGCUUCCAUCUCCCUACCCAGCUCCUACUUCAACAACACUUGUGGCCUUUGUGGUAACUAUAACGAUGACCCUGCUGACGAUCCUGUGCUUCCUGAUGGCUCUCUAGCAGAAAGCGUAGUGGAGUUAGGGGGCAGCUGGCGAGCAGAGGACACAGACUGGAGAUGUACAGAUGGCUGCGCCCAGAACUGCAGUGUGUGUGACCCUGCCACAGAAGCCUUCUACUUUCGCUCAGACUACUGUGGGCUCAUCAACAAAACCGAUGGACCUUUUAGGGAUUGCAGAGCUGUAGUUGAUCCUACAGCCUUUGUGUAUAGCUGUGUAUAUGACAUGUGCAGUAACAGGGAUAAUAUCACUACACUCUGCCAGGCCAUCCAGGCCUAUGCUCUGGCCUGUCAGGCCCUUGGUGUCACAAUACGGUCAUGGAGAUCUCGUACUUUCUGCGCUUUGUCAUGUCCGGAGUUCAGCAAUUACCAAGUGUGCACAAGUGCCUGCCCAGCCUCCUGCUCGGACCUCACCUCUUCACUGUAUUGUCUUCACCCUUGCACUGAGGGCUGCCAGUGUGACCCAGGCUACGUUCUCAGCGGGAGCCACUGCGUACAGCAUGAUGACUGUGGAUGUGAACAUAACGACCUCUAUUACCCUCUUAAUAAAACUUUCUGGGCAGGCCCCAGCGGUGAAGAAGGUGAAUGUACCCUCCGCUGCACCUGUGAGCCUGGUGGGAAAGUCUCCUGCUUCAACGAGUCCUGCAAGGAGGGUGAAGUUUGUGUGGCGGAAGUGGGCUUGCUGGGUUGUUACCCUCGGAGGGAGGGAAUGUGCUCAAUCACCCAAAACUCAGUGACAACCUCGUUUGAUGGCACCUUCCUGCUGUUCCCAGAUGACAGCUCCUACUACCUGCUGAAGCUGUGUAGUGCAGUGCCAGCUAACGGCUCAAUGGUGGAGGUGAAGAUGGGCAGGCGGCUGGUGAACAAAGGCCCCACUUGGAAAAGACCUGUAGUAGUUACAGUGGCUAACCUGGAAGCUCAGAUGGGAGGGACAGAUUUUGAUACAGUAAAGGUGAAUGGUGAACCAGUGGUGCUCCCGUAUGUCCAUCCGAUGGAGACGAUGAUGAUCUACAGAGCACCGGGCAAUGCUACAGUGGUGGAGUCCCGUGGUCUGCUUCGUGUCCAGUACAAUCGCCAGGGAUUCCUCAACAUCUCUCUCUCCACCCUCUUCUACAAUGUUACUUGUGGUCUAUGUGGCGUUUUUAAUAGCAACUCCACUGAUGACCUUCGCCUUCCAAAUGGACGCCUGGCGGAGUCUACCGAACAGUUCACAGAUGGCUGGCGGUCCAUUGCUGAUGAUCUCACCUGUAAUGGUGACUGCGAUGACCUGUAUCGAAUGUGCACAGACUUGCGUCUCUACCAGAAUCCUUGGAUGUGUGGCAACAUCAAUGACCCGGGGAAUAGUUCAUUUCUGGCUUGUCACGCAGUGGUUAACCCCUCACCAUUCUUCAGGAACUGCUUGUACAACAUGUGUGUAAAGCAAGGGAAUCGUUCAGCCCUGUGUUCUUCACUGCAGGCUUAUGCCACCGCCUGUCAGGAUGCUCAAGUGGGCCUCGCGUCCUGGAGGAGUGCCACCAACUGCCCUCUUCCCUGUCCACAGAACAGUCAUUUUGAUGAGUGCACCGGCGCCUGCCCUUUGACCUGUGUCAAUCUAGAUGAACCUGAAGAGCCAUGUCAACUGCCAUGCCAGGAGGGGUGUCAGUGUGAGGAAGGCUUUGCUCUUCGUGAUGGCCUGUGUGUGGCACGCAGUGAUUGUGGCUGCAUGAGCCACGGGCGCCAGUUGGCCACUAAUCAGACUUUCUGGACAGACUGGGAGUGCCAGGAGCGCUGCUACUGCAAUGGCUCCGACAACAGCGUAUACUGUCAGCUCGCACCCUGUCACCUUGAGGAGUACUGCCAGGAGGAUGACGGCCUGUAUUUAUGCCAGCCGCGCACUGAGGCGCUGUGUGUGGCAGCUGGUUAUGGACAUUUUCUGCCAUUUGGUGGCGUCCCGUUUGAGCUGCAGAGCUCUUGUACUCUUAGGAUGGCCACCACCGCCUGCGGGAGAGAGAACGGGGAGCACGCAACCAAUAGUGGGAAUUUUCCCCAAUUUAAAUUGGCAGCUCGUAAUGAGGAAAGGGACACAGGCCAGGCCAUUUGGGUGAGGGGCUUUGUACUAGAGGUCUACGAGUAUGAGAUUGAAGUGUCUCGAAGCUACAAAAACACUGUCACGGUGAAUAAGGAGCGUUUGUACCUUCCUCUGAAGCUGGGGUCGGGGAAGGUCAACAUCUUCUCCUGGGGCAUGCAGCUCAUCCUGGAGACAGAUUUUGGCCUGAAGGUGGCCUUUGACUGGAACACUCUGCUCCUGUUCACUUUGCCCCACGAUCUCUACAACUCCUCCUGCGGCCUCUGCCAGGGCAUGCCCUUAUCCCCACCCACCCUUACCACCACGGACUGGGGCAUGGCCUGGGCAGAGAGGGACACCUUCUGCCAGGUGGGCUGCGGAGACUCGUGCCCACGCUGUGGCCUGGGGGAGACGAGCGUGCUAAACGACGUCCCUCUCAUGGUGGCCGAUGCCAACAUGAACAUGGACACAGACAACGGGGCAAAUGAAGUGGACACAGGCAUACGUUUCCACAUCGGAAAUGGACUGUAUGUGUUUGUGGAGCCUGAGGCAGUGAGGCUGUGUGGGCUAAUUGUGGAUCGAGGAGGUGUGUUUGCACGCUGCCACAGCAAGGUGGUGCCAGCGUUCUUUUAUCAAAGCUGCCUGCAGGACACCUGCUUGGACCAGGGAGCUCAGGAUACAAUAUGUAACUGGCUGCAGAUGUAUGCCAGCACCUGCCAGACUCAAGCGGUGCCUGUUAGCGGCUGGAGGAGCGACACGCCGUGUGUCCAGAGCUGUCUACCUAACAGCCAUUACUCCAGUUGUGUGUCGGUCUGCCCGCCCCAGUGUGCCCCAGCCCGUGGCCAGAGGGACUGCAGCCAGGACUGUGUGGAGGGCUGCCAGUGUGACCAGGGCUACGUGCUCAACGGCAAGAGCUGCAUCCUGCCUCAAAACUGCGGCUGCUACACUGAUGGCAAGUACUAUGAGCCCAAACAGCUAUUUUGGAACAGUGACUGUACCAAACGCUGCCAGUGCAUUGGACGAAACCUGAUCCAGUGCGACCCGAGGCGCUGUAAGGCAGAGGAAGAGUGCACCCUGCGGUAUGGAGUGAGGGGCUGCUUUGCGCAGCGCUCCCAGCACUGCGUGGCCUCUGGCGGCGGGGUUUUCAGGACCUUCGACGGGGCGUCGCUGCGGCUCCCGGCCUCCUGCUCCUUCGUCUUGUCUACAAACUGUCACAAGCUGCCCGACCUCUCCUUUCAGCUUAUCGCUAACUUUGAUAAAUGGAGCACGCCCAACCUCACCACCAUCUCUCAUGUCUACCUUUAUAUCAACGAGGAGAAUAUACUCAUCUCCGGCAGCACUGUCAAGGUCAACGGUACACCAGUAUCAGUACCGUUUCUAACGGGGCUGAUGACGCGUCUGUCCACGUCGGAAGGUUUCAUCGUCAUCGACACGCCUCAGGACAUCCAGAUUCGAUACAACAGCUUCAACACUCUGAGCAUCACAAUGGGCCAGCGGCUUCAGAACAAGGUGUGUGGCCUCUGUGGGAAUUUCAACGGAGACCCCAGUGACGACUACAUCACCUCCAGGGGCAAGCCGGCUGUCAGCGCCCUGGAGCUGGCCCAGAGCUGGAAGACCAACGGUAUGCAGAACAGUUGUGAUGAAACCCAGUUUGUGGCUCUGGCUCAGUCCUGCGACAACACGGCGGUGCUGGCGCUGCAAAGUGAAGAUGCCUGCCAGAAGCUCACCCAGCUGAAGGGUUUCUUCCAGCCGUGCCACGGCCUGCUGGAUCCUCGGCCCUACUACCAGUCCUGCUACCUGGACGGCUGCUACAAUCACCACAAGGCUCAGGUGUGCGGCUCGCUGGCAGCCUACGCAGAGGCCUGCCGCUCUAUGGGCACCCUCACCACCAAGUGGAUCACCCAAGAGAACUGCUCAGAAUGGAUCUACGACCCCUGUGCAGGAGAGAUCUGCACAAACCUCACCUGCGAGCUGGAGAACGGAGGUGACCUGUGCGGCUGUCCAGAGUUACCCACCAGCACUGGAGGUGAUGAUGACAUCAUCCAGGCGGACGUGACCUGUAAGCAUGCUCAGAUGGAGGUCUCCAUCUCCAAGUGUAAGCUCUUCCAGCUGGGCUUUGAGCGAGAGGACGUGAGGAUCAACGACGAGCACUGCGGCGGCAUUGAGGGAGAAGACUUCAUCUCCUUCCGCAUCAACAACACGAAGGGCCACUGCGGCUCCAUCGUGCAGUCGAAUGGCACACACAUCAUGUACAAGAACACCGUGUGGAUCGAGAGCGUCAACAACACGGGGAACGUCAUCACCAGAGACCGGACCAUCAACGUGGAGUUUUCCUGCGCCUACGAACUGGACCUGAGGAUCUCGCUGGAGACCGUCCUCAAGCCGAUGCUCAGUGUGAUAAACCUCACCUUACCGACCCAGGAGGGAAACUUCAUCACCAAGAUGGCUCUGUAUAAGAACUCGUCGUACAGAAACCCGUACAGGGAGGGGGAGGUGGUGCUCAGCACGCGGGACAGCCUCUUCGUGGGCGUCUUUGUGGAAGGGGCGGAUGAAAAUCAGCUCAUCCUCAUCGUGAACAUGUGCUGGGCCACGCCGUCCCGCUACAGCAGCGACCGACUACGCUAUAUCAUCAUAGAGAGAGGGUGUCCAAACAUUAAGGACAACACCAUCGGCAUGGCAGAGAACGGCGUGUCUCUCACCUGCCGCUUCCACGUCACCGUCUUCAAGUUCAUCGGGGAUUACGAUGAAGUCCACCUGCACUGCGACGUCACUCUGUGUGACUCGGAAACAAACGCCUGCAAAGUGAACUGUCCACACAAGAGAAGAAUGUACUCGGAGGACAGUGACCAUCAGGAGCACAUACUGACGGUGGGACCCAUAAGAAGGAGAGAGUCAGACUGGUGUGAGGAGAGAAACGGAGGCUGUGAGCAGAUCUGCACCAGUAAGAUGAGCGGACCGGUCUGCAGCUGUGUGACUGGGAUGCUGCAACGAGAUGGGAAAAGCUGCCGGACUGUGAGCUCGAGCUGUAACCUCACACCUGCAGUAUCUCUGCUGAGCAUCAGCGCUGUGAUCUCCGUGUUCCCGGCUCGUAUUCACACUCUCCUCUCAUAACACCCGGCAGCAACACAAAGAAUAAAGCACAGAAAAGACUUGAAGAUGCACAAAGUUCAUCAGCGUUGAUUAGCCAGUAGACGGGCUGUAGACAGAGUACACUGCACACUCACACACGUUCAGCUUUACAGACGGACACGUUUCACUUCUUCUUCACGUUGUUUUAUUCUCCACCUACAUUAUCCACAUAUAUCAGGACACCUCAUUGUGUAUUAUCAUCUACUUAAAACCACUAUGAAACAGGUAGAUUAUUGUUUAUGUCAUUAUAACAUCUUUCAAAUGAUUCUGAUUGUUUGUAGAAGAAUCGAUGCAUUAGUGUCUGUUUUAUAUGCUACCACCAGAUAGCGCCAAAGUUAGAUGUGUGAUCCCACACAAAUUGGGUUUAAGGUUUAUUUAAUAUCAAAAACAUGUAAGAAGGAUGAACUGUGAGCUGAUCCCCAACCUCCACGCUGCGAUGAAUACAUCCUGAUUUACAUGGUAAAUGAAUGUAAUAGUUACAACUAGUGGAUACUUGAUGAUACUAGCUGGAUAACCUGCAAUUAUUUUGGUCAUUGAACAAUCAAUUAAUGUAAAUGUGUGUGAUUGUUUAACGUAAUUGGGCUUUAGGGAAAUUGUGAAUAAAAAAAUGUCGAUUUUUCACAAUUCUUUAUACAUUUUACAGACAAAACUAUUAAUAGAUUUCUUGAGAGAAUAAUAUUAAUAAUAAUAAUAAUAAUAAUAAUAAUCAGCAGAUUAAUCGAUAAUGAAAAUAAUAAUUGCACACAGCCCUAAAAGGUGCAGACCUGCACAUAUCCUCAAUUAAUUAUCAAUAAAAAUAUCGUUAAGAAACAAGUGAGGUCUCAUAGAAUCAGAAAUCCUUUAAUCGUGUCAACGUGGAAGUUUCCAGCGUUACAACAGCAAAGCGACAGAGCAGAUGACAGACAAACAAUUAAAUAAGUAGCUAACAUAUUAAAUAAGAGAGGCAAACACACGUAUAAUAAAACAAGUAGCAGCAUAAUAAAAGUUAGUGAACAACAAGUAAUGACAAUAAUAAAUAGGUUAAAGCUCUUUUUGUCUGCUCCAGCACCGACUGUGUAUCCGUAAAGAUUUCCCUGAUCCAGCUCCAAGCUCUGAUUAAAAGUGUGUGAAUAUAAAUUCUCCUGACAGUCUGUUGGACAGUAGAUGUCGGAGCAGAGCUGAUCUAUUAACUUCCUGUUUGACCUCCAGACCAAGUGUAACUCCUUGGAGUGUAACACAUGACAUUAGAAGACAUAGAAAAGCUUAAAUGUGUCUGAUUUGAAGGAGGUGACGGAGAAUUUUACUGUUGUUUUGAGUCAGAAACUGGGAAAAAGCUGUAAAAUUCUGCAAAACAAUAAUAGCUGUUUGACAUAACUUCAUUCCCUGAUGUCUAUCGGAUCAUGGUUAUGUUAUUUGAUCCAAUAGAAAAUGAACAAUUGAGCCAAGAUAGCCUAAUAUUACAUUACUUCAGACGCCUUUAAAUACAUUAAAAAAGGUCUGUCCUAAUGCAUUUAUUACUAUUAUUAAAAUGCAUAAAAACAGACCUUUUUUAAUGCCUUUAAAGAAGUCUGAAGUUAUGUCAAACGGCAAUAUUGUGCUUUCUACAUGAGCAUAAUAUGAUGACAUAAUCAUGAUCCAAUAGGCAGUCAGGGAAUUGGGCGAGAAAAACGUCUUCUCUAAACUCCACAAGCGUCCCGUAAAGAGGCCACGACUUGUCAAAGUGGAGUUUAUGAAUGAAGUAUUUUUGUGUACGGAGAGCGCCUUUUUUAGCAGUUUUAACUCUAAAUGUUCUGUGUCGGAGAUUAGCGCCCAGGUUGUAAGAUAUGCAAUCAGUUGUGCCAUUAAAACAUUUCAUUUUUAUCGUUUCUGUCUUCAUCGGUGAUAGUGCUGUAACAUCUGAGUGUCGCCUCGGACAUGUCGAGACAUAUUGUGAUCCUGCCAGUGAAGUUCUCCCUGCUCAAUGUUUUCUAUUUGGCACCUUACGCGUUGUUGAUGUUGAUGUAUGUCACCACACGUCUGAUGAAACCCUUCAGUGUUAUUUACUGAAGCCAGUUUAGUUUAGUUCCACAGUAAGUUGUUCUAGUUUCACUUCUAUGUACAAAUGUACAGUCCUUUUUAAUAAUCAAUAUCUUUUUUUUUAUGUUUAAAAACAUGACCAUACGAUGUUUUAUCCUGUGAGAGCAGCACCACCCGACUUUUAAUAAAUGAAGAAGUUCUCAAA